AAUUAGAGCAUUUCUCUCUCUUUUUUCCUAAUAUAUUAAGAAUAUUUUAUGUAAAACCAAUGUAGCUGACUCAUUGGCUAAGUAAUGGCCGUAUAGCAAGGAGAAUUUUGUAUCUUUUUUCAUGAAUAUUGAAUCACCAAAGGUAAUUCCCUUUUUUAUUCUGUUCUGGUUGAUCUUUUUUCAAUGAAAUUCAUUAUUACUUACCAAAAUAUAUGCGCAUCUAACAUUUUCUUAUCAGUAGUAUUAGAAUGAAAAAUCCUUUCAAUAUGAAUGGAAGAUUAAGGUUGUGUUUUGAAGAAAUAUAACCCUAUCUUCAUACCCAACAGAUUAGUCUAGUUAUAAGAAUAAUAAUUCACUUUCCUUAUUAAUCAGAAUUUAACUCCACUGAAGUGGCAAAUUUGAUAUGCAAAUUUGAUAGUAACUUCAUCUAUGACAUGCACAUUUAAUAGAGGGAAUUGCUCAUAUUAAUAGUUUACACUUUUCCUAUGCUAUUACUAAUACCUAGAAGUGGCAAAGUUGGAGACAUACACUGACCUUGUUAUAGAAAUUAACGGUAAUAAUUUCCUGGUUUUUUGGUACGAAAAUUAGCCAUUGUAUAUGAUUUGUUUCCAUAAUUAAUAGACUGCAAUAAUCAAUACUCCUUUAUAAAUUAAAGGCCUUGAACAAUUCCAUUAUUUUGCUACUGUAAUUAGAUCAAAGAAGCUUAGGAGGCCAUUAAAAUCUAAGAUCAAGAUAUGGGUCGUGGAAAGCUAAACAUGGAACUGAUAAUGAAUGAGAAGUCUCGCAUGAUAACCUAUCACAAAAGAAAGAAGGGUUUGAUCAAGAAAAUGCAAGAGUUAAGCAUUCUUUGUGAUGUAGAUGCCUGCGUGAUCAUCCUAGGGCCAAAUGUCAAUAAUCGUCCGAUCGAUGUUGAGACCUGGCCUACUGAACGCUAUGAUAUGAGGCGCAUUGUAAACAGAUUCCUAUCUAUGGGCAAUGAGCGAAAGAAAAACCAAGAUUUUUCUAGUUUUUUCGUUGCCCGCCAGAAGAAAUUGGAUGAUGAGAUUGUUAAACUUCGAAAGGCAUGUUUUAAAGCAAAGUUUCCGACGUGGGAUGAUCGCCUAAACCUGAGGCAUUAUCUUGAACUCACUCUACUUGAUGGAGUUCUAGGUUCUAAGCUUGAAAUUGCAGCUAGUAGGGUUUUGAAGAGUAAAGGUGACAAUUAUUUGAUGUUUGGUUCUAUUGAUGAAGGAGGCUCCAGCAAUAAUAAAAGUUUUAAAUCAAGUUCAAUGGCUUCAACUUUCGCUAACGCCUUGCGUCAAAAGAAUAUGGUUCUUAAGCAGGAGCCAUUAUCUUUUGUGAAUCUAUCUCAUCAAGCUCUCCCUCAGAUGCUUCCUUUUAAUCUUGAUUCUCUCAAUAGACCCAUGUUGAUGAUGAUGAUGACCAAUGGUGAGGGAAUCAGCCAAUUUGGCGGUGAGUGUAGCAGCAAGAGAUCUUGGUCUUCAUUUAAAGCCUCUACAAAUGCGAUGAUGAUGAAUAAUCCUAGGGAUCACGCAUUAAGCUACUGGUCUAAGCAUGCAGCUGACAGGGUUGACGAAUGUUUCUUCUCAAGCACAUAUUCCUCAAUUCUCUGAGUUCUAUGACACUAAUGAGUUUGAGAUGAGAAACUGAAAAAAAAAAAAGACAGUGUUAGACAUGACUCUUGAAUCAUGAAGGCUAUAAUCUUGCAGUUUCUGGAAUUAAUUUUCUUUUCCUUUCCUUUCUUUGGAUUUAUAUUCAGUAUUAUCUGGAGUAAAUUAUGAUAUUUAGGCUU